AUGGUCAACAUCCGUAAUAUAGAAUUAGUGAAUAACCCAGCCAAAUUUGACGAUCCAUAUCAUUUCAGGAUCAAGUUCGAGGCUAUCGCGCCGUUGGAGGAGGACCUUGACUGGAGAUUGAUUUAUGUAGGAUCGGCGAAAUCAGAAGAAUUCGAUCAGGAGUUGGAUAAUUGUUCGGUUGGACCUAUACCAGCAGGUAUAAACGCCUUUGAUUUCCAAGCCCCUGCACCUCAACAUCAUCUACUACCAUCGACCGAGACAGAAGAGAUACUAGGCGUGACGGUGAUAAUCAUAACCGCUUCGUAUAAGGAGAAAGAAUUUGUAAGAGUUGGCUACUAUGUGAAUACAUAUUACGAAGAGGAGGAAUGGAAGGAAAACCCACCACCGACGGUACAGUGGGAUAAGUUGUUUAGGAAUGUGUUGAUUGAGAAACCAAAAGUUACGAGAUUCCAGAACCCAUGGGACACGGCUACUCAAGCAUCUCCAUUCGAUUCACAAUCAUUCUCCAACGGUAAUGGUACUACCGCCCAGCAACAACUCCCUCCGUCAGGUGGUAACGGUAAUUUCGAGACAUUCUCAGCACCUUUACCUCCACCUGUCCAAAAAGCCGCAGCGGUCGGUUCUAGUGGUGGUGGGGAAGAUAUAGAAAUGUCGUAG